AUGUCCUGCAGAGACUCAAAGUCAGGCCCGCCUGACGCUCUCUGGGGAAGGAUCCUUGACAAAGGGAAGAAAUGUCCAGCACUAUGGCUUGCCAACCAGGACCGGUCCUACCUGUUUUCUUCUCAAAAAGGAACUUGGGAGCAGUGUAAAUCCUUCUGCACGCCUCAGUUUGCCGGGCUACUCAUAACAGAGAGUAAAGAAGAGCUGGAUUUCAUAACUGCAACAUCUUUUCAAUACUCUGAAGAUACUGCAAGCGGUGCAUACUACUACCCAUUCUGGGCUGGAUUGUCGUACAACUCCAGAAAGAGGAUGUGGGUCUGGACGGAUGAUUCAGCUCUCUCCUCUGGCUUGUUUGUGCUGGCAGACCUCAGCCCUCAAAAUUAUCCGGGUGGAGCUUGUGCAUAUUUUCAAGGUGAUAAAUUGAAACCUGGAGGCUGUGAAGAAAGUCGAUUCUGUGUUUGUGAGAGGAAGAAGGAAGCACCAGGGAAAAAAUAA